GUCGCUGGACAGGCUGAGACAGCUUCACAGGGACACACUGGAGGAUGUGAUACUGAACACUUGGUGAUGCAGCAGGAGGCUGAAAAAGGAUCAAAAAAGCGUCUCUCUUCAGACAUGUCCUACAAAUAUGAGGAACUUCACUCCAGACCUUUCAUCACUCCCGGCUCUGAAAUCCCAGAGAACCUCCUGCACCUCUCUCACUCCUUCGGCUAUGACAGUGGGCGCAGGGGGAAUCUGCAGCUGCUGGACGACAGGACGAUGAUCUUUAUAGCAGGAAACCUGCUUGUCCUGCUAGAUAUCUCCACCAAGGAGCAGAGAUACCUCCGCUCCUGCAGCGGAGGAGGAAUCGGCUCCAUCACGGUACACCCGAGCAAGGAGUACUUUGCUGUAGCAGAGAAGGGUAACCAGCCCAAAAUCAUAAUCUACGAAUAUCCUUCGUUACGACCAUUCAGCAUCCUCAGAGGCGGUACAGAGCGGGCGUACAGCUUUGUGGAUUUUAACCGUGAUGGGAGCCUGCUGGCCAGCGUGGGCAGGGCGCCGGACUACAUGCUGACGCUGUGGGAUUGGAGGCAGGAGGAGGUGACGCUGUGCUGCAAGGCCAUUUCUCAGGAGGUCUACCGAGUUACCUUCUCCCCAUACAACCCCGGACUGCUCACAUCAUCGGGAUCUGGACACAUCAAGUUCUGGAAAAUGGCCAGCACAUUCACAGGUCUUAAACUGCAAGGGCUUAUGGGACAUUUUGGGAAAACUGAAGCGACUGAUAUUGAGGGCUACGUGGAGCUCCCAGAUGGAAAGGUGGUGUCCGGCUCCAGCUGGGGCAACUUGCUGCUGUGGGAUGGGAACGCCAUCAAGGUGGAGAUUUGCCGUGAGGGGGGGCGGAGCUGCCACGCUGGGAUGGUCCAGCCAUUCGCCCUAGAAGAUGGACAGCUGAUGACGAUUGGUUCUGAUGGAGCGAUUCGGGCCUGGGACUUCGAGAGCAUCGACACCGCCGACAGUAACAGCGACGGCAGCCGGUUCGAGCUGGAGCCCAAGAAUGAGAUGGUGGUCGGACACAGUGUGUGCCUCUCGUCUGUGGUGAAGAGCCCCCUGCCUGACUCUUUCAUCUGGUUUGCUCAGGACUCCAACGGAGCCAUCUGGAAACUGGAUCUUUCGUUCACCUCCAUGACUUCUGAUCCAGAGUGCCUGUUCUCCUUCCACGCCGGGGCGAUCCAGGGCCUGGACGUGUCGUGGAAAUCCCACCUGAUGGCCACGACUGCUUUGGACCGUUCAGUCAGAGUUUUUGACUUCCUGGCAAAAAGUGAACUGACCGCCAGUCGCUUCAAUCAGGGUGGAACUGCUCUCAGCUGGGCUCCUCCGUCGGUGAACCAGAGUGGAAGUUUACUGGUGACAGGCUUCGAGGACGGCGUGGUGCGAUUACUGGAGCUGUACGAAUCUCAGAUGCUGCAUUUGGUCAGCGGGCGCAGACCCAAAGGAGACGCCAAGCUGCGCCUCAAACAGUCCUUCAAACCCCACAGUGCCCCUGUAACUGCUGUUGCAUAUGAACGAAAUGGAAAGAUUUUAGCCACGGGGAGCUCAGACAGCACUGUGUUCUUCUUCACUGUCGGGGAAAAAUACAACCCCAUCGGCUUCGUCCACGUCCCCGGGCCGGUGCAGGCGCUGGAGUGGUCACCUCACAGUGAAAACAAGCUGCUCAUCCUGUGUCAUAGCGGCCACGUGGUCGAGCUGAACAGUCCCAAUCCAGGAGCCCCGAGGCCGAACAAAUCCUUCCACCUGCCUGAACUGCCCAGCAGAUCCUUCAGGUUCAGGAGCAUCAAGUCUCGAAUCAAGAGAGAAGAGGAAAUAGCAAGACGUGAAGCCGUAAAGGCAAAGAAGAAGAAAGAGAGAGAUGAGAGGCUGAAAGCAUCAAAGCAGAUGGGCACAGAGCCAGAGGAAGAUGAAGAAGAAGAAGAGGAGGAAGAUUUGCCCCCGAUCUACAUCCCUGAGCAUCCAAGUCCCCUCUGCUGUGGCUUCUACUCACAGCCCGGACAGUUCUGGCUCUCCAUGGGUGGCUUUGACUCAGGUUUCUUGUAUCACUGUAAGUUCUCUGAGAAACAAGACCAGGACCCGGACCAGCGGCAGGAUGAGCCUUUUGACUUCCUUCCCAUCCAUGACACAGACGACGACCCCAUUAGCUCCAUCACCUUCAGCUCUGACAGGCAGCUGAUGCUCUGCGGCAUGUACUCAGGCUUCAUCAGGGUUUACCCUUUGCAGCCUGGCGACCAUAAUCUCACCUCAAUGCAGGCCUACUGGGCUCUUAGUGUCCAUGACAACCAUUACGGACACCUGCGACACAUCCGCUUCAGCCAUGAUGAGCGCUUUGUCCUGACGGUUGGAGAUGACGGGAACAUGUUCUCCUUCAGCGUGCUUCCUCCGGAGGAGCUACAGAAAAGCCUGCAGAGAAAGAGGGCCGAGGUUCCUUCGCCCAGGGUGGGUCUUGAGAAUGAGGCAUUAGCGCAGGACAUUGAGGACCCAACAGCCUACAGCAUAGAGACGGCUAAGCAGAAGCUGGAGGAGGACCGUGUGCGUCGGGAGGCCGAACUGAAGGUGGCAGCAAAGCGGAAGAAGCUGGCGGAGCUUAAGAAGAAGUUUAAGGAACUGCUGGACGCUAACCAGAGUCUGCCGGAGCAUGUUCGCCUGAAACCUGAGGAGCUGCAGCUGCACCCGUGUUUCAGGGAGCAGGCAGAGAGGGUGAUGGCCCAGCGGGUGAGCGAGGUCAGAAAGCAGCUGGCCUGGGAGUUAGAGCGCUGCAACAUAGCAUUCAACAAACUCCAGGAAGGGUUCAAGGACUCUCUGGAGGCCACCGUCACUGUGGUCGCCAUCCGCACCGACCACAGAAUGUCCACCUACCAUCUGCCAUCGCUCACAGAGACUUCAUCCCAACUCAGACAUCAGGGGAGACCCGGCUGUCCUGAUGAAGACGGAGCAGCUGCACCUGAACGUAGGAGAUCCAGAGCAGAGCCCGCGAAAGACAGCAGCAGAAUAGAAGGGGAGGAGGUGCUGCGCGCCCCCGUGGCUCGUCCAGCUGGGAUAAAGCUGGCAGAUCGGCAGGUCGAGAGGCUGCGGAAGGCGGCAGAAAAAGCUGAACAAGCUCGAGCCAAGAUUGAAAAGAGGAAGCAGGAAUGGGCCCAACUUUACGCAGAGAAGCCAGACGAGAACUGUGAGGAUCCACAAGAUGUUCAGGCCAUCCGCGAAGCCAAGGAGAACAUCGGAGACUUAAAACUUAAGUCAGACAAAGACUUCACGGUCCCGAAACACCUGAGGAUGAACGCCGAGAGCAAGAGAGCAGAGCUGAUAGACCUGGAGGAAAAAAUCCGUGAGAAGCAGACGGAGAUGAAUCGACGGAUUGUGGCGUUGCGGGACUCAAAGGUUCGCCUGGUGUCUCAGUUGAGCGCUCAGGCUCAGCACGUCAAGGAGGUCCAGCAGCGACUGGCGACACAAUACCACCGCCAUCCACCCGCCCUGCCCAAAAUACUACCAGAGGAAACCCCAGAGAAGAGGCUGCAGUACAGCUGUGCCACCCUGGAGAGAUACCAGCGCCUGAGGGAGCAGAGGUACAAGAGCCAGGAGCAGGAAGGGGUCACACAUUUAUUGGAGCAGCUAGAGAAAGAGAUGGCAGAGGAGGAGGGGAAAAGUGGAGGAGAAGAGGAGGAGAACAGAGCCAAAGGAACUCCUAGUCUGUCAUCUUUAUCUGUGACCAGAGAAGAAGAAGAGAUAGCUUGGGAAGGAGGAGCAGAGCUGAGCGAGCUGGAGGAGGAGCUCCGCAGAAGGGAGGAGAUCAGACUGCUGUAUGAGCAGGACUCUCUGCUGAAGCAGAUGGAGACUUCACUGUGUCAGUUUGACGCGGAGUUCCUGCUGCUGCUUCACCAGAAGCUGCGUCUGGACUGGCAGCUGAAGAUGGCCGACCUCCAUCAGCUGACGCUCUACCAGGAGCUGCUGAUCCUCAAGGAGUUUGAGAGGAGGGAGGACAGCCUGCAGGAGAAGCUCAACGGCUGCAUCAAGGAGGAGAACAGCAUCACGUCUAAGCUGGAGGAGUGUAACGAACAGCUGGAGCUGAAGCGGGGAGACAUCGCCAAGCUGCAGGAGAAAGAGAAGGCUCUGACCGCCGCCUUCCAGGCCUCGCUGGGGGAAGGAAACAAGUUCGAAGAGUUUCUGACCAAAGUCUUCAAGAAAAAGAUCAAACGUGUGAAGAAGAAAGAGCAGACAGGAAAUGAAGGUGAGAAAAAGACACAAACACAUAAAAAAUGUAACAAGUGGCCACAAGAAGAGGAGGACAGCGAUGAAGACUCGGAUGAGGACGAUGACGAGGACGAAGAUGAUGAUUACGACAGUGACACGGAGGAGAGAGGAGCUGCUCUGGACGACAGUGUUUGCCCUCCAGGCUGUGAGCCAGAGUUGUUUGAGAACACACUGCAGCUGCGGGAACGCCGACUGGACCUGGAGGAGCUGCUGGUGGAGGAGAAGAAGAGUGCCGAAACUCUGAAGAAGGAGAGCGACACCCUCGUCAAGAAGGAGAAGUCGGUGCAGAGCAGUCGGAGGGCAGCAGAGGACAUCUUGGAGUUGGUCAACAGGGAGAAGCAGCAGAAAAUAAAUGAGCUUAAUGUGGUGGUUCCUCUCAGACUGCACCAGAUUGAGUUUGUCACUAACGGCUCGGUGCCGUCUGACCUGAGCGCGGCGUUGCUGCUGGACAGGACAGAGCUGAACAGGCUGCAGGAGCGAAUCAAGCAGCUGCAGGCGGAGAAGAGCCAGCAGAGAGAUCUGUACUGUCAGGCUCGCCAGCAGCACGCAAGGCUCCUCCGCGACCGCAAGGACAUGGACGCCAACAUCCAGGUGCUGGAGAAGCAGUGCGACCAGCUGAUGAUGAAGAAGUUUGGGCGGCUGGUGGAUCUGGAGGCUCUGCAGACGCUGUUGGGGAACAGGAGGGUGGAGGAGUUGAAGCAGGAAAAGCUCCUCCGAGAAGCUGCACACGCCAAAGAAAUCAAACAGUGGGAUGCGAAGGUAGAAGAAGCGCGUGACGCUCUGAUGGAGGUGACCAGGCGUAAAACAGAGCAUCAGCUGCGCAUGACGAGCCUCUUGGACCAGAAGAGGGAGCUGGAGCAUAAACUCAACACACGGCAGAAGAGAGUGGACGGAUCAUUCCAGGAUUACAGGAGACGUGUGGACCAGGAGGACAUUCGGAGGCUCCAGGCGCUGGUGAAGACACAAUCGCAGCAGGCUGAGGCACUCAGGAGAGAGAUCGCCCUCCUGUCCCGUAAAGGAGGUCAUGUUCUGCCCCCCUGCCAGGCACCGCUGCCUCCAAUCGCCCCCUUGCCCACCCCCACAGGCUGCACCAGCAAACCAAGACCAGGGCGUUCGUAUAAACAGCUUAAAGCACAAAACUCACCCAGCAGACUGGAAGCUCAAUAA